AUGCCUGGAAAGAAAGUAUGCAUCGUUGGAUCGGGAAACUGGGGGUCUGCGAUCUCUAAAAUCAUUGGACACAAUGUAAAAGCGUCAAAUAGAUUCGAACCAGUGGUGAAUAUGUGGGUUUAUGAAGAGUUUAUUAAUGGUCAGAAACUCACCGAAAUUAUCAACACGGAACACGAGAAUGUGAAAUAUCUACCUGGACAUAAACUCCCCAGAAAUGUGGUCGCUGUUCCAGACAUAACCGCGGCUGUGACGGGAGCAGAUCUCCUGAUCUUUGUCAUUCCUCAUCAGUUCAUUGGAAGACUGUGUGAUCAGAUGAAGCCUCACAUUAAAGGAGGAGCCAUUGGAAUCUCCCUAAUUAAAGGUAUUGAUGAAGGACCAGAGGGCUUGAAGCUGAUCUCUGAUAUCAUCAGAGAGAAGCUGAACAUUGAAGUGAGUGUGUUGAUGGGAGCCAAUAUUGCCAGUGAAGUUGCUGAUGAAAAGUUUUGUGAGACCACCAUUGGAGCUACAAAUGAAGACCAUGGUCAGAUUUUUAAGGAGCUUCUGCAAACUCCAAACUUCCGCAUCACUGUGGUGAAGGACAGUAACACCGUAGAGCUGUGUGGAGCUCUGAAGAACAUUGUUGCCGUGGGCGCAGGCUUUUGUGACGGGCUGGGUUUUGGUGAUAAUACAAAGGCGGCUGUGAUUCGUCUGGGCCUGAUGGAGAUGGUGGCAUUCUGUAAACUGUUCUGUAAGGGGCCCGUCAGCUCCGUCACAUUCCUGGAGAGCUGUGGGGUUGCUGACCUCAUCACUACCUGCUACGGCGGCCGAAACCGCAAAGUGGCUGAAGCCUUUGCCACAUCCUCAAAGUCUAUAGCAGAGUUGGAGGCUGAGAUGCUGAAUGGACAGAAGUUGCAGGGGCCCCAGACGGCGGCUGAGGUCUAUAAGAUCCUUCAGAGGAGAAACAUGGUGGAAAAAUUUCCCCUGUUCGUGUCUGUAUAUCACAUCUGUUUUGAGGGCAGAGCAGUGAAGGACUUCAUCACCUGUCUGCAAAACCAUCCAGAGCAUAUGUGA